AUUUUGAAGUAAUCCGAAUGAAUUAGUGUCAAAAUCAAAAGUCUUCCCAUUUUUUUUCUCAAUAUUUUUCAAUAAAUUACAAAUUCGAAGUGUAUUAAGAAUGAGGGAAUGCAUAUCAGUGCACAUUGGCCAAGCUGGCGUCCAAAUUGGUAAUGCUACCUGGGAACUCUACUGUCUUGAGCACGGCAUAGAACCUGAUGGCUGUUUAUCCCCACAAGCAGACUCUCUUUCGGACAACUGCUUCGGGACCUUCUUCCACGAGGUGGAGAACAAAAAAGUUGUACCCAGAGCAAUUUUAGUCGACCUAGAACCAACAGUAGUCGACGAGGUGAGAAAUGGAAAAUACAAACAGCUCUACCACCCUGAGAAUCUGUUGACUGGCAAAGAAGAUGCGGCUAACAACUACGCCAGAGGCCAUUACACCAUAGGCAAAGAAAUUCUGGAACCUGUCAUGGAAAAAAUCUACAAACUGGCAGAGCAAUGCAGUGGCUUACAGGGAUUUUUCGUUUUCCAUUCAUUCGGAGGUGGCACUGGAUCUGGCUUCACUUCCUUAUUGAUGGAGAAGUUAUCUCAGGACUUUGGCAAGAAGAGCAAACUGGAAUUCGUAAUUUACCCAGCUCCUCAAGUGUCCACGGCCGUUGUUGAACCCUAUAACUCCAUCUUAACGACCCACGCCACCUUGAACUACUCAGAUUGUGCUUUUAUGGUGGACAAUGAAGCCAUCUACGACAUUUGCAGAAGGAGGCUGAAUAUAGAACGUCCAGACUACAUAAAUCUUAACCGACUCAUAAGCCAAGUUAUCUCAUCAAUCACAGCAUCGUUACGUUUCGAUGGUGCACUUAAUGUGGAUCUGACAGAGUUUCAAACUAAUCUGGUGCCUUAUCCUAGAAUCCAUUUCCCAUUGGCUUCCUACGCUCCUGUCGUUUCUUGUGAGAAAGCCUACCAUGAAGGUAUGUGCGUUGCCGAGAUCACAGCCGAACUCUUCGAGACCAACAAUCAGAUGGUGAAAUGUGACCCACGUCAGGGAAAAUACAUGGCUUGUUGCCUGUUAUACAGAGGAGACGUGGUACCGAAAGACGUCAACACAGCCAUAGCCCAAAUGAAGGCUAAGAGCACCGUCAGGUUCGUCGAUUGGUGUCCAACAGGUUUCAAGGUGGGGAUCAACUAUCAGCCUCCUACCGUAGUCCCCGGAGGAGAUCUGGCAAAGGUGCAGAGGGCUGUCUGCAUGCUGGCAAACACGACAGCGAUCCAAGACGCUUGGGCGAAAUUGAACAAGAAGUUUGAUCUGAUGUACAACAAGAGGGCCUUUGUGCACUGGUAUGUAGGGGAGGGAAUGGAGGAGGGAGAGUUUGGAGAGGCCAGGGAAAACCUGGCAACGCUGGAGAAGGAUUAUGAGGAAGUGACGUCGGAAAUGGUAGAAGAGAAUCCGGAGGAUGUGGAGAAAUGAUUGGAACCAUGAGAAAUUAUCGUUGUAGACAAAUCAUUAUCGAAUAAAAAUUUAUCAGUA